AUCGAUUGUUUCCAUCGUUGUUCCCCCACCUCUAACAAACCUACCUUUUUUGCAAUUUUUUUCCAAAGACUUCCGCUAGAUAGAAAAUCCUAGAAAUCAUGUCCGAAUUGCAGGAAUUCAACCAGGCGGCCGAGGAUGUGAAGAAUCUGAACACGACACCAGCGGACAAUGACCUCUUGGAGCUCUACAGCCUCUACAAGCAGGCCACAGUGGGCGAUUGCAAUACAGAUAAACCCGGCUUCCUGGACUUCAAGGGCAAGGCCAAGUGGGAGGCCUGGAACAACCGAAAAGGGCUGAGCAAUGCCGACGCCCAGAGCGCCUACAUCACCAAGGUCAAGGCCCUGAUCGCCGCCGUGGGUCUAAAGUCCUAGAUUUUAGAUCCCCCAAUGAUAUUUGCAUUUUGAAAUCUCAGUUGUCGUCAAACGCACAUACUUCCAGAUUUUCCAGUUUUCGCACAAAAUACACCACAAACGCGUAACGUAAA